UCUCCCCUGGUUGAAGACAUGGCCCAGGCAGGAGCUAAUGGUUUUGCUAUCUCUGCUCUCCAUGGUCUUGAGCCUACCACACUGCUCCGUGCUCCUUUUUCCUUGGGAACCCUGCCAGGGAUCAACUUUGGAGGCUGCAGGAGUCCAGCCAGCACUACUUUGCCUGGUCACCUCUCUGGGGCAGAGCAGAGCCCUCAGACCAUGUUCCAGCUACCAUGCCGGGACAGAGCUGGUUUUGGUUGUUUGGAUUUGUUGUUCCCUUGGCUCCUGCUCUGUGAGGAGGUAAAAGUCCAGGCCAGCGCCUGGAAGUGCCCUGCCCUCCCUCCUCCCCUUGUAACUAGGAGUCUCCCCAUGGACUGAAUGAACCUCCUGACCUCCUCCAGGUCACCAUGCAGGAAAAAGGUGUUUCCUGUGAAAAUGCUGACAGAAAGAGCCUGGGAGACAGCCGGAUGGCCGUUUGCCGGAAACGUUCCGGUUCGUGCUCUGUGCUUUCCGCAAACUGGCUCCUGCCUAGUUAAAAGGGCAGAACUGGGGCGUGCUCUGUCUUGCCAAGGAGAGCAGUCCCCACCAGAGCCCAUAGGGCCCUGGACCCUGGCCACACCACUGAUUUCAUGUGCUGCUCCAGCCCCAGUGCCAGGUGGAGGGAGGCAUGAAGUGGGAGAGGUGGGGUCUGCCGUGGUGUGGGGCGUGGAUGGGAUGUGAGGAGAUGGGGGUAGGGAACAUGAUACUCGGUGCAGUGGAUGGGGGGCAGGCUGAGAUGGUGUUUGGGGGUGGGGGGUGGGGAGCUUGGCUUUGUCCCUCUUAUUGCUGCUGCAGCCAGCAGCAAGUAACUUUCCUCACCAUGACGCUGGCUCUAAGGGCUCCCCUGUUUCUGCCCUGCAGUGAUCGGUGGGAUAUAGCGUUUGCCCUGCCCCCACUUCCCUUCCCACCCCUUCUGGCUCCUUGGAUGUGAGGGAUUUUUUUCGCCUCCUGCAUUUCCUCAGGAAAAAGCAAGGAGGAAACUUGAGGCCAAAGAGAGGGUGAGGCAGAAACUGAGAGGAAGACAGACAGACAGAACCAACCAACGGACAAGAAAGCUGCAUACAGCCCACGCCUUGGCUUGGAAGCCCCUUGUGGCCAGCAGCACCCAGUAUCCAGACCGAGAUGGCGCAGCUGCUGUUGUUACUCUUUUGUCUCCAUUUCUGGCCAUGGAUUGGGAGCUCUGCUCAAGAGUUGGACCCUAAUGGGAAGAAUGUGUGCAAGGCCACCAGCCUCUCUGCAGGUCUGGUCUGCUGCCCAGGUUGGAAACAGGAAGGCAGGGACUGCACAGCUGGCUGCCCUGACCAGUACUGGGGCUCGGACUGCAAGAAGAGCUGUUCAUGCCAUCCCAAUGGGAAGUGUGACCCUGUGAGCGGCCAGUGCACUUGCAAUGCCAACCGCUGGGGAGUGCUCUGCGAGUUCCCAUGCCAGUGUGGGCCUCAUGGCCACUGCAACACCCGCACUGGAGCCUGUCACUGUGAGCCAGGCUGGUGGGGACCGAACUGCAAGAAGCAAUGUCUGUGCAGGGUGGCCGGCUCCCACUGUGACCCUGUCUCAGGGCAGUGCGUCUGCACCCAGGGCUGGUGGGGCAGGAGAUGCAGCUUGAGAUGCAACUGCCACCUCUCACCCUGCGCCCAAGACUCAGGCAGGUGUGAGUGCAGGGCUGGGUUUUGGGGGCCAUUGUGCCAACAUCAUUGUGACUGCCUGCAUGGGAACUGCAACCCUCUUGAUGGGCAUUGCAGCUGCAAUCCUGGCUAUCAGGGCAGGAGCUGUGGGGAUCCCUGUCUUGCCGGUUAUUACGGAUCUCAGUGCAGAUACAGCUGUGGGCACUGCAAGCAGAGCCAGCCCUGCUCUCCUGUGGAUGGGUUCUGCCUGGCAUGUGACUCUGGCUGGAACGGUACCCUCUGUAAGAAGCUGUGCACGCCUGGAUACCAUGGGGAGAACUGUGCACAGUUGUGUCCCAGCUGCCGAAAAGGGGAGACCUGUCAUCCAGAGACAGGGGCUUGCUUGAACUGUGACCCUGGCAAGACAGGACCCAGCUGUGACGCACCCUGCCCUGCUGGAACAUUUGGAGAUGGAUGCCGGUUCACCUGUCCAGACUGUGUUAAUGGGAGCUGUGAUCCAGUGGCUGGGGAGUGUAUCUGCCAGGCUGGCUAUUGGGGCACCAGCUGCAAUGAGACCUGCCCAGAGGGUUUUUUUGGAGCGAACUGUUCUUCCCCCUGCCACACACACUCUGGGGACUGUGUGCUCAGAUCAAAGCACCAGGGAGCCCUGAUAGCUGGCAUUCUCAUCCCAUUACUCCUCCUAUUACUCUGUGUCACCUGCUGUUGCUGUUGCUGUGGAACCAGCCAGUUGGAAGCCAGAGACAGGGUGGCUGUUGCUGAUGGUGAUGCGGUCUCCAGAAUGAAACAUCAUGUGCAGGGGGUGCUGGCAAAUCUCAGCUCCAUGUUACCUUGCCUCUCACUGAGUGGCUACAAACUCCCCCGAGUCACAGUCUCCCACCAUGACACAGAGAUUCCCUUCAAUCCCAGCUUCAUUGAACCGCCUUCUGCUGCCUGGGCCUCAGACAGCUCCUUCUCCUCUUCCUUUGACACGGACGAUGAGGGCCCAGCCUACUGUGUCCCUGCCAGAGAAGAUGUUCCUGCAGUGGCAGGCUUUGAGCUUCAGGAAGGCAGCUCCAAGUGUCAUGAAUUUCCUGACGCAUCAGCAUUUAACUCCGAGGACGUCUCCCAGCCUUUCACCAUCCCCCGCACAUCCAGCAUUGCCAGAGCCAAGAGGCCCUCGGUGUCUUUUGCAGAAGGAACUAAAUUUGGCCCUCAGUGUCAAAGAGGUCCCAUGGAGACACCAAAUACCACUCGGAAGCCCAAAGCCCCCUGGGGUCUCACCAAACUUCCCUCUCACCAGCACCAUGCUGACCCAGAGGAGGGGCCCCAGCAGGGUGGGUCGCCAGGUGACUGUUACGAAAACCCAGAGCCCAUCUCCGAGGCUGAGGAUAGCCACCGGCCCUCCCCCAGGGGUACCCCAGGAGGCCAUAGGAUGGCAGCGUCCAGUGGCAGUCAUGUGGCCCAGAGAGUUGAGGCCCUUGAGGCAGCUUUGAAUCCAAACACUUUGGAUGUUAGGGGGAAGGAGCAGAAUGUCACAACCAUUUAUGUGACUGUGGGGACAGCAGGGAAAUCCUCCAAGCCCAAUGAGCGUGCCAAUGGAAGCAGAGAGGGGACAGUUCAGGCUGUACUGAAACGUUUGGGUAGCUUCCAGAGAGUAAAAAGGGCUUUCAGGGAGGAGCCCAUGGUGAGGAAAAGUACUGAAAGCAUCCAGAAACCUCCCCGCAGGGCCCUGGGCCCAGAGAGGGACUCCAGAGACCUGUUCCCCCAGCCAGCCCCUCCACACAAGGACAGCUCCAAGACAACAGGUCUGGAGCCCUGUGAGUCACCUGCGCUCCUUACAGAUAGACACCAGAUAGAUGUUCCUGUGAAGAGAGAACCUCUCAUCCCCACAUCUCCUAUAUUUGAAAGACAAGUGGCUCAGGAGGGAGAAGAUGGGGUUACAGGGGACCCCAAGAAGAGUGAAAGUCUUGAAGAGACCAGAAGCCUAGAAACAAAUGAACAGGCUGUUGUUGAGGAGGAACCCAAAUAUGAAAAUGUGUCUCCAAAUCGCUGUCCUUCAGACGAGCCUCCUGCCACCUCCCCUGACUGUGCGGCCAACACCUGAAAACCCACCCAGGACCCAAAUCCUGCCUCUGUUUCAGAACUGUGACAGUCAUCACGAUGGAGCUGUGGCCACAGGGGGCAGUGUUCCUUGCAGGGCAGGCCACGAGUUAUUGAAGAGUGCUAGGUCUGCAAGAUGUCUGGUAUUAGAGGGAACCCAGAAUUUCACCUCCCAGACAUGCCACAUGAACUAGAUUAUUGUCUAGUGUUACCAUUAAAUCUCUGUGUGUCCCGCAGGGUCAGGUUCUGCAUUGCAUGUUAAUGUUCAAAUGAGGCAACUUGCUGUGAGUAGCAAUGUUACCUCAUGGGGCCACAGAGAUGCCCUCUUGAGUUCGAUGUUAGUCUUGCCAUGAAUCAUUACCAAGGAGGUACUGUGCUGCAGGCAAGUCAGUUCAGGCACCUCCAAUACAAGUAGAUUAGUCAGAAGAAGUGAUUGUACCUGACAGCAUGUUUAUUUGGUGACUGUGCUCUUAGCUUGCUGGGCUGACCAAUAAGACAAGGUUAUGUUUUAGGAAAAUACCAUCCAUGUGAGGUUCAGGAGUCCGAAUUACAGCGGAGUAACAUAGACAGCCGAUGCACGUGAGGUGUCACGCUCCUUGACAGGUUACCUCUCCUUCGAGUCAGGUACUUAUAUGGGCGCGUCACCAGGGGGGCACUGACCACUAGUGAUGCUUCCUUUUGGCCGUCCUGGGGAUUAGCUCUGGCCAGGCAUUAUGCCCUCCUCCGGCAGUGUCUCUUCCAUUGUCCUCUUGCUGUCUGCCACUCAAGGGGCUCCCUUUUCAUGACUUGGCCCUCCAGCCAAGUCACCAUGUGUUUUCCCCCUUCCAGGGGGUGUGUAUCAAAGUUCCUCCAUAUGAAAUGGCAGUCUUCCCAUUACUGCUGAAACCUGCCACUCCUCCAGUGGCUGGUAGGGGGACCCGGGCCCUCCCUCUACUCUGGUUCCCAGCUCAGGGGCCCUCUCAUUGGCAGCCAGUCUGACCUACCUCAUACCUUGUGGCUUUUUCCAUGAGCCUUGCCUACCUCUCUGCGUUUGCCAGCCCAAACUCCCCCCUCCCACUGAGUAACUGUAGGGUACUUGCCUCUAGCCCCAGACACACCUCCCUUCUCCCAGGGAGUGACUGCAAACUCCUUCCCUGCAGCCGCCUUUCUGCUGCCAAUUUCCUGGCUGUAUAGCUCCAACCCAGUUCCUUCCUCAUUCAGUCAGGGGAUUGCUUAGCAACCUGACCCCUCAGUUGUGGCUUGUUGGGUUACACAGGGAGUCUGUGGCAGAGCCAGGGCUUGAACCCAGGUCUUAAAACCAGCCUUCCUACCCUUACCGGUUACAGUGGUCUCUUCAAAUCCUUGCCAGGCUCCAAAACCAGAUCUGCAAGGACAGUCUUGCCUGCAGCCUCCCAUUGCUCUUGGUAGAAAACAGAGGGCUCAGUGAUCCUGCCCCACUCCCAACUCUCCUUGUCAGGCAACAAACUGAGCAGAGCAGACUUUAUGCACAAGCAAAGAAAGUGUCUGCUUGGGGCUUGAGUCCUCUCGCCCCACAUGCUAACGGGACUUGGCAGCUCCCAGGCCAGCCCUAUCUCCCUCCCUUGCAGGAGGAAAUAACACACUGCUAGCCCCUGCUAUCAAUAUGCUUAUGAGGGCAGGGAGCAGUGACUUGGCUCCCUAUUCAGGGAGCUCACAAACAGAGCCUGACUGGUGCUGAGAGUGCCAUGGUCAUCAUUGCCCAUUUAGCCCAUGGGACCCCUGCAGAGAGCAGCACCCACACCUCCCUCCCUGACUAUUGUCAGUUGCUCCCCACAGGGGACUCUUUCUGACUCAGCAGCACUGAUGGGACCAGCUGAAAAUCCUAAAAUUAGAAGCAGUGCCAGUGGGGAAGUGUGACAGAAAGACAGCCCUGCAACCAGUUCCUGCCACUGAGCCCAGACUGCCAUGUCACAAAGGAGCUGGGACUGGACUCCUGAAAAUCCCCCGAUGGAGAACAUAGCUGGGGCUGUGAGCAUAAAAGCUCCAGGGACUUGGGAGAAUGUUUCCAGAGAGCAGCUUUCUGUGGGGCACUUGGGUCACAUAUGAAUGAUUCUGGGACCCCAGGAAGUGUUUCCCCCUCACUUCAUGGUGUUUUCUAUCUUGCCAAUGUUGUCUUGCUGAGCGAUGCAUUUCAGCCUUUAGGUGCAACAACACUACCUUUGGGCUAAGAUGUGGUGGGAAGGCAGCUGUCUGUUUCCACCAAGAUCUCACAAUGUAGCCAUUAUACCAGCUGUGCAGUAAAAAAUGCUCCAUUCCCCUGCUCCCCUCUGAGGCAUUAUUGCCACUGUGGGCAUUAGUCAAGCGGGCUGUGUGUGCUUCUCCUGCCAAGGGAGCAGGCCCCUCCCUGCCAUCAGCACUGGGGAGCACUCCUGCGGGGCAUACUGGCUCACAGAGUAGCUCUCUGUCUCACACGCUGGGGACUGUGUACAAGUUCUUUUGUGUUAAUGCAGUGAAGGAACCUUCAGACAACACCUGCAGCUGAGUUACAGGGACAAUGCAGAGAGCACGUGCACUAAAAUGUCUAAUAAACAGAAAACAGGGGUGAUGGUGA